GCCAACGAGGAGCUCACCACCUUGUGGCUGCAGCUUGGGCAGAAGCAACUGCCUUCAUACCGACACGCCUGUGCUCUUGCGACAGCGCACAAAUCGCUGCCGCAGUCGCUCUUGACGAGCGGCUUGUGUGGUUUAUGGAUGGAGCAGCUCGAAGCACUUGCCUGUCAAGAUGGACCCCUGACAUGCAGGCCCAGUGAUAUUGAGCAAGCAGUGCAACUCCUGGUCAAGAUGUCCUCGGAUGAUGCAGUGCUCCUGAUCCAGCAUGUCAUGGCACUCUGCGACGAACAACUGCAGCCGGAGGAGUAUUUAGAGAUGUGA